ACCGCCUGCCCCCCCUGCAAAACAACCCACAGGCCACACUAGUGGACUAGUGGUAGUAGUAGUCAAGCCUUGGCAUCUCGCGGCCGGCGCAACCGCGCAAGUCCUGGUGCGGCGCGUAUCCGUGUGUGUGCGCGGGCGCGCCAUCGGCGGCCGGCCGGCCAUGACGAACCAGGACGUGGUGCUCCCGGACAUGGGCAUUGCGGUGGCGGCGGCGGCGGCCCUGCCGGGCCCCCUCUUCGCGUGCCGCGGCGCCGCGGGUGCCGUCUCGUCGCUGCGCAGAGGGGGCGCGUACGGCGGCCUCGGCGCCCUCCCCGGCGCGGCCGACGGCGGCGAGCCGUUCCUCGGCGCCCGGAGCGCCGCCCCCAUGGCGGCGGCGGGCCGGUCCUGCACCAGCCGGGUCGUCGAGGCCAUCCGCGCGUCGUCGCCGACCCGCUGCCCCGCCGUCGACGAGUACGAGGCGUGGACGAGUAAGCACCCGUCGGCGCUGGGAAGCUUCGACAAGAUCACGGCGGCGGCGAGGGGGAAGAGGAUCGUAAUGUUCAUGGACUACGACGGCACGCUCUCCCCGAUCGUCACCGACCCCGACAUGGCCUUUAUGACCGCCGAGAUGAGGACGUCGGUGCGCGACGUCGCCAAGCACUUCCCGACGGCGAUCGUGACCGGCCGGUGCGUCGAAAAGGUCUGCAGUUUUGUUGGUCUCUCGGAGCUCUACUACGCCGGCAGCCACGGCAUGGACAUCAAAGGCCCAAGCUCCAAGGACGACCAGACGGUCCUGCUGCAACCAGCUCGCGAGUUCCUGCCGGUGAUCGACAAGGCGUUCAGGGCUCUGGAGGAGGAGACCAGGGCCACGCCGGGGGCCAGGGUGGAGCACAACAAGUUCUGCCUGUCCGUGCACUUCAGAUGCGUCGACGAAAAGAGCUGGAGCUCAUUGGCUGAGCAGGUCAAGGCCGUGCUCCGGGACUUCCCCGAGCUGAAGCUCACCGAGGGCAGGAAGGUCCUGGAGAUCCGGCCGUCCAUCAUGUGGGACAAGGGCAAGGCCGUCGAGUUCUUGCUCAAGUCGCUCGGAUUCGACGACCGCAGCGACGUCCUGCCGGUGUACAUCGGGGACGACCGGACCGACGAGGAUGCUUUCAAGGUGUUGAAGAAGAGAGGUCAGGGUCUAGGGAUCCUCGUCUCCAAGUGCCCCAAGGAGACAGACGCUUCCUACUCUCUCCAGGACCCCAUUGAGGUCAUGGAGUUCUUGGUCCGGCUGGUGGAGUGGAAGCGACUGCGGUCGCCGUCGGCGGCGCGCCCAAGGGCGCCGUAGCACUAGCGAGCACGGCGGUGAAGGAUCACACGCAGCUCGCCGAUCGCUGAUCGCGAAGAAGUCUCCGGCCGCGUGUUUAAUUAGUAGUUAGUUAAUCGUUAAUUGUCGUUGCACUCUACUAAUAACCCUCCCCUAGCUACAUGCCAUCGUGCAUGUCAACGUACCCCGGCCCGGCGGCCCGGCCCCAGAUGUGAACCGGCAAGGCAUCCAUGUGCAGAGCUGCCUGCCGCCCUUAGUGUAACCCGGGAAGGUUUCAUCCGAUCCCCUGUAUGAAUUGUGAUGACUAGCUAGUAGCUAUGACCCUAGCCUGCACUACUCCAGUAAAAUGUAAGAUAAGAAUUUUAUUCUAAUGCCAGCUAUGUAGUGUUUCCUUUGC